AUGUUGCAACCUCGGCUCUUUCUCAGGAGCCUGCGGCUCCCGUACCGAUGCAUUCCUUAUCUUUCUUCUCGGGCUUAUGUGACGGCCAGCCAGGAGGUGGAGGUCCCUAAGGCGGAGGUCCCUAAGGUGGAGGCCCCUAAGGCCGAGGAGUCGUCCUCGUCUUCCUUCGAUCCCGGCAUCGCUUUCGCACCUCCGCCUACACGAGAUGAUGCCGGUGUGCUUGUACAGAAAUAUACACCUCGGACGCCUGGUGUCAGACAUCUGCGGAGACCCAUCAAUGACCAUCUCUGGAAGGGGCGCCCUGUAUAUAAGUUGACGUUUCCCAAACGAGGCCAGUCGAAAGGUGGCCGCAACAACACUGGUCGGAUCACUGUUCGACACCGUGGUGGUGGUCACAAGCGAAGGAUUCGAAUCGUCGACUUUGCCCGACGGGCCCCGGGCCCUCACGUGGUGGAACGGAUCGAGCAUGAUCCAAAUCGGUCGGCGCACAUCGCUUUGGUGAGAAGUCAAGAAACGGGCAAACUCAGCUACAUCCUGGCUGCAGAUGGCAUGAGAGCCGGCGAUGUUGUCCAGAGCUACAUGUCUGGCAUUCCCGAAGAUCUGUGGAAGAGCAUGGGUGGACAGGUUGACCCCGGUGUUCUGGCGGCGCGGACAGCGUGGAGAGGAAAUUGUCUGCCCUUGCAUAUGAUCCCGGUGGGAACGCUGAUAUUUAAUGUUGGACUACGCCCAGGAAAGGGUGGUCAGCUUUGUCGAGCUGCGGGGACUUUUGCAACUGUCAUUGCCAAGGGCACCGAACAACAGAAGAUCCUAGACCAGCAGAAUCAGGCUGAGAAUGGCGCUGAGACGGAGCAGAAGCCGCUGUCCCAGCGUGAGAGGCAGAAGAUGGAGCGCCUCGCCGAGCACGUUACGAUUCGACUCCAAAGUGGUGAGGUCCGACUGAUUCACAAGGAUUGCUGCGCAACGAUUGGAAUCGCCAGCAACCCCAAUUACCAAUAUAGGCAGCUCGGAAAAGCCGGACGGGCCCGUUGGCUUAAUAUCCGGCCGACAGUCCGUGGUGUGGCCAUGAACGCUUGCGACCAUCCCCAUGGUGGUGGACGAGGUAAAUCCAAGGGAAAUGUCCAUCCCAAGAGCCCUUGGGGUAUGCCGACCAAAUCUGGUUACAAGACUCGCCCGAAGUGGAAGAUCAACAAGGCCGUGGUUGUCCCACGAGAACGAAACCAGGGCAAACGUCGCAGAGGUUACAACUGA